AUGGACGCGCGUGUGGAUUUUGACAUCAACGAGGCGAUUAAGCUGUUCGACAGCGAUCCCUCCACGAUUCCCACUCCCGAAGCCCCGCAGGCGCUGCAAGACUGUGAGGAUGAGCCCGAGUCGCUGUCAUCGCCCGGAUUGAUCAACAGUGAGCUGAAUCCUGUCGUCGAUGCCGUGGCCGAGAGUCCAGAUGCCAUUACUCGCAGCUCUGUAUUUGACACACUGCAAUUUCUCUUGAAGUGCGUGCCUGCAUAUCCAAAGCUUGCCAAAACAUAUGACACGGAACCUAACUGUAAACUGUUGCGACUCUCUAGACACUCGUCGCAGAUACCACCCGCCAUACUCAGCAAGAUCCUUGACCUAAUAUCCUCUGCACUAUCGACACAAGCCGAUAUCAUCCAUGCAGACCUCGAAACCGAAGAGCAAGAUGCCAUCCCCCACCAUAAGAACAUCCUGGAGAUGUAUGGAUUCCUCCUCCGAUGGACCAUAUCCGCCCUCGAGACAAGAGCACUUGAGAAGUCAGCGUCCGCGCCGGCAGCGAGGGGGCGGGGUAAAGGCACAAAGACAAAAGCAACAGGCGGCAAAGAAGCCACCUGGGAUGCUGCUGCACAAUUGGAGACUGCCCUUGAUCGUAUGAGCAAGGUACUGAGGCUCAAGCUGGGCCGCAUCUUUGUUACCACGUCGGAGCGAGACACCUUCAUCGGCCUCUUCACAAAGCCGGUAUACCACAUCUUGGAGAAUGAGGCUAGAGUGAAGAACAACGUGAUACGAAACCAUUGCUUCAGAGUAUUAUGUUUUGCUGUCAAAUCACAUGGACACGCAUACACCGCGCAGACGUCCAUCAACCAGAGUCUCACUUACUUUGAGCACCUGUCCGAACCCAUGGCCGAGUUUCUCUUCACCCUUGCAGAUGCAUUUGAUUAUCCGCAGCUCACCGAAGACGUCCUAAAGGACAUCAGCAGCAAGGAAUUUAGCUCCACUGAUCUGAAAGGGCCCAAAUCAAUCUCGACCUUUCUUACCAAAAUAUCCGAGCUUACCCCACACCUUGUCAUUCGGCAAAUGACAUUACUCGCCAAUCUAUUGGACAGCGAAUCCUAUACCCUCCGCUGUGCCCUCAUCGAGGUGUGCGGAAACCUGAUCACCAUGCUUAGCAAGCUCAGCCAGGACGACCGCAGCGAGAACCACAAAGCUCAAAUUCGCAUCUUCUUCGAUGUGCUUGAGGACCGGUUCCUUGAUAUAAACCCUUAUUGCCGUGCUCGGGUAAUGCAGGUCUAUGUCAGGCUUUGUGAUCUGGAACAAAAGUAUCCCAAGCGCAGACAAAAGGUUGCCGAGUUGGCUGCAAGGAGUCUUGAGGACAAGAGCAGCAACGUCCGUCGUAAUGCUGUCAAAUUGCUUGCAAAGCUCAUCUCCACCCACCCAUUUACUGCCUUUGACGGCGGUUUAUUGUCGACCAAAGACUGGACCCAGCGCCUGGAUGAGUGUGAAGCCCAAAUCAACGCCUUGCAGCCUCCCGAAGAGCUAAGAGAACGGGCUCCAGCCGAUCAGACUGUAGAUGAGUCUCUCUUGCAAGAUGCCACACAAGCCGACAAUAUGGAUGUUGUAGGGCCAAAGCAUCCUUCUGAGUUGACCGAGGAAGAAAAAGCUGCUGCGGUUGAAAAGGCCCAGAAAGACGCGGCGACUGCACAAGAGCUUGAGAAAUUCCAGGCUGUGCGCAAGUUCCUGUUGGAAGCGCUCAAAUUCAUUGAAGUGAUCAACGACGCCGCUGAGGUAGUCACUCAAUUGCUAUCAUCCAAGAACAAGAGUGAAGUCAUAGAAGCCAUGGACUUCUUUACCACGAUCGAUGCCUACAAGAUUGCAAAUGCGAAGCUUGGUAUUAGAAGGAUGUUGCGCUUGAUCUGGACCACUGGCAACAGCGACGAAGGAAAAGGUGUUCAGACUCAUCUGCUUGAGUGCUACAAGGGCUUAUUCUUCGAUGCACCACCCGGAUUCGAUGACAACGCAGUUGCCAACUAUAUCUCAAAGAACAUGAUCAGUCUGACUUUUGGCACCACGCCGGCCGAACUCACCUCUCUCGAGCAGCUUCUCAGUACUAUGAUGAAGCAAGGCCUGGUUAAUGGUUUGGUCAUUCAGAAGCUGUGGCAAAUUUAUGGUUACCAAAAAAAGGACAUCUCCAAGAACCAACGUCGAGGGGCUAUCAUUGUUUUAGGCAUGCUUGCGCUCUCAUCUCCAGACAUUGUUGUGCAAGAAAUGGAAGCUUGUCUUCGCAUUGGCCUAGGCGAACUCGGCAGACGGGACUUGGGCCUGGCUCGAUACACUUGUAUAGCCUUACGCCGCAUGAGCCCACCACCAGGGAAGCAAGCCUCAAACGAUGCACCUGUAAAGACGGUAAAACUCCCAAACGACCACGCAGUCCUGGUUAGGUUGGCUGCCAUGGCAGAGAUGGCUUCCGACAGCAAAGAGUGGUAUGGUGUAGCAGAGCAAGCCAUCAGCGCCAUCUAUGUACUUUCCAAACAUCCAGAUGUUCUUUGCUCUGACAUCAUUCGAAAAGUCACCAAACGUGUGUUUGCAGGACAGACAAAGCCCCAAUCGCGGCCGACAUCAAGCUCAAGCGCUGCAGAGCCAAAAGAUGAAGAUGAGGAAAUGCCAGAUGCGCCUACGGUUGAGCACACACCAACGAAGAAGCAGAAUUCAGCACUUGCGUUAUCCCAGCUGCUAUUCGUCGUGGGUCAUAUCGCGAUUAAGCAAAUAGUUCACCUUGAACUCUGUGAGCUUGAGUUCAAGCGGCGGAAGGCUGAAAAGGAAAAGAAGACAGCACCCACGCCCCGGCAAUCCAUGGCAUCUACAGUCGGUCCUACACCUAUCAAGAAAGGCCGCAAGAGGGGUGCCACAAAAGAGCCGACUCCGGCGCCCGAAGAAGCAAAUGAGCUGGAUCUCAUGGCAGGAACUACAGAGGAUGAUUUCACUGAAGCCAUUGCACACAUCCGCGAGUGCGAGCUUUUGUAUGGCCCACAAUCCUUGCUCGCAAACUUUGGCCCGCUAGUGGCAGAUAUCUGCGCGAAUAAUACAUCCUACAAUCACCCGACACUGCAAGCGCAGGCAGCGCUAUGUUUAGCCAAGCUCAUGUGCGUAAGCUCAGAAUACUGUGAAACCAAUCUCGGCCUGCUUCUCACAAUCCUCGAACGAAGCCAAGAUGCUGUCGUCCGCAGUAACCUGGUCGUCGCCCUAGGAGACAUGGCUGUCUGCUUCAACCAUCUUAUCGACGAGAAUACCGACUUCCUCUACCGCCGCCUCAACGACGGUGACCCCAGCGUCAAGCGAACAUGUCUGAUGACACUCACCUUCUUGAUUCUUGCCGGACAGGUCAAGGUCAAGGGUCAGUUGGGAGAGAUGGCAAAGUGUCUCGAGGAUAGCGACAAGAAGAUUGCAGACAUGGCACGCAUGUUCUUUACUGAAUUGUCGACAAAAGAUAAUGCGGUGUAUAACCAGUUUAUCGACAUGUUCAGUGUACUCAGCGCGGAUUCUGCGCUGAGCGAAGAUGCGCUCAAGAGGAUCAUCAAGUUCUUGGCCGGGUUUAUUGAAAAGGACAAGCAUGCUAGACAGCUCGCUGCCAAACUUGCUUCCAGGCUGCCGAGAGCGGAGAACGAGAGACAGUGGAAUGAUGUCGCGUAUGCUUUGGGCCAGUUGCAGCACAAGGAUGAGGAGAUUCAGAAGAUGGUUUCUGACGGUUUUAAGGUUGUACAGGCUAAUGCUUGA